ACAGCUCUUCAUUGGGCUGCUAAACUUGGUCGCCCAGAUAUGGUGAAGUAUGUUAUAUCUGAGGGUGGUGAUGUUAAUUGCAAAUCGAAUAUGGUAUGUUUUGUUCAUCAUAUUCUGGAUAUACUCCUCUGCACUUAGCAGCUGUAAGUGGUCAUAAUCAAGUCAUAGUGCAAUUAAUUGAGCUUUAUGGUGCUAACAUACAUCAACGUGACCACAGUGGCAAAAAGCCAAAAGACAUUGUAAAAGAUACUGUAGCUGCUGAUGUUCAACGAAAACUUGGAAGAUCAUUAAUUCUUGCUGCAGAUGUCGUUAUUUCCCAUGACUCUUUGACGACUCUAAACAAGCUCCAUAAGAGAAGCAAUUCUGAAACGGAGCUAGUAUCUGAUUUGCCUGAAUCAACAAGAUCUCAUCUGAAGACAGUGAGCGUUGUGACUCCAAGAUCAAUGUCUUUCUUAAAACUAGCAAAAAAGCACGAGGUCAGGUUGAAAUCUGAAAAUUCAGCCGAAUCUCCAAAGCUCCCGACACGAAGAGUAAGUAAGCCAAUACUGCGAGAGAGACCAAAAACUCAAGUCAUUUCCGUUCCACCAAAUGCAUUUCAUCAAAUGGUCCAGCCAAAGGCUUCUUUUGAAAUUUGAAAAUUUUAAUUCAUUACUAUCUGUUCGCGAAUAAUUUAUACUUAUUACCUAAUAGCUCAAAGCAAAAAAUUAGAGAAACCAAUGUAAUAAUAAUCUUAUAUUAUCGAAAUACUGUAACGACACAAUUUCUUAAAAGGGUUGCAGUAUUGUAGUGUCUUUUUUUGUAUUUAAUGUAAAAAUAUAUUUCAUAUAGUUUUGCAUUUUCAAAGUAUUCCUAUAUCAAACUAUUAUUUAUUAGCUUUAUCACGUAUCUUAUAAAUAUUUAACUACUUUUUUUAACAAAUUGUAUAAUUUUUACAUAUUAAAUUGUCACUGAUAUUUUGAUGUAAUAAUUUUUAUCUAUACUAUUGUAUGUAUAUUAAAUAUAGUUGGGCUUCU